UAUAAAUCAAGUACUUUCUAACAGUAGAGACUCCACGCCAUGGCCCAUGGCACGCAUUCAUCUUGCCUGGGGUAUCAAAAAUAUGGAAAAAUCCAGAAAGGUCAUGGGAUUCUUUACCAAGCUCUUUAGUAACUCAAGUCUUAUGAAUUGCAAUCUCUAUGAUGAUGGUUUUCCCCAGGAUUUUAGUAAGCUGUCAAAUUUGAAGUACUUAUUUCUGACAGGGAAUCCAGUUUCUAGACUGCCAGAUGCAUUAAAGAUCUGAAAAAUAUGAAAACAGUUAAUUUAUCUGAGUGUCCAAGGCUCCAACAAAUUCAAUGGCCAUCGGUUGUUGUUGAAAAAUUGUAUGUCAUAAGGUGCAGAUCAUUGAAAAGCAUAAUACGCCUAAGUUUGUUGAUGCAUCUUGCUUGCCCAAGUCUAUGCUACGUUCAGAGCGCCUUCAAGAUAGAAGACGUUGGAAAAGUUGAUUUACAAGUGAUCAACAGCAUUGGCUUCUUCAACUUGGAAUCCAUGGCAAAUGUUGAUUUGAUGAUUGUUAAUAUUUUUCUUUUCAGUAAAAUGAGGCGUCCAGCCCAGGUUCUCUCUCUCUUCCUCAUGAUUUAACGUACAGCUGAAACUACGAAUAAAUUUCACAGAUUAUGUGGGACAAUUUCAAGUUUAACACAUACUUUCCUGGAAGAGAAGUUCCACAU